ACCACGGACUUUUCUAUCGACCGCAGUAGUUCAAUCCGACCUCCUCAAAGCAUCAUCGCCGCCGUUCAGUUCGUACAAGGCACCCAUUAUUGAUGGAUCUUCGUUGUGUGCUUGAGAAAGUGGGUAGACUUGGUUAUAAGAAUCAUCUGAAUUUGACGAAGAGAAAUUUUUUGAGUGGUAUUUCAAUCAAAAACCACCACCAAAAUCUGAGAAGGUCUUUCUGUCGUUAUUCCUCUUCCUCUUCGAGCACUCGUCUUGCUGAAAUCAUUUAUUGCAUGCGUAAGGGACUCAAAGACUUGUUCCAUUUAGAAAAUCCUGUUGCCAGGGAGGUGUCUGAGUCGGGUUGCGCCUGUGGAACUCGUCCGUUCUUUGGAAAUAUGGAUGAUUAUCGUUUAAAAGCCGCCCGUGCUGCUGUGGAGCAACACAACAAGCAACAGAAUUCAAAUCUUGAGUUUGUGAGAGUGCUCUGGGCAAGAACAGGUAUCGUAUCUGGUUUGAUCUGGAAUAUUACAUUUGAGGCAACUGAUGCUGGUGUGAAGAAUACUUAUCAAGCUGAGGUUUGGCAAACUAUUAGUGAUGGAUGCAAAUUGCAGUGGUUUAAGCUAAUAAGGGCUUCUUAGCACCCUUCAAAUCGUCUAGUUGUUAUGCCAGAUGUUUGCAGGAUAUUCGGGAAGGGUUUCGGUGGCGCUUUGGACCUUGUUUGGUACUAAUGAGGUGCCUAAGGCCUUAGACAAGGGAGGUUUUUGCACUUUUUGGUGCAUGGGUGAUUGAUCACCCUCUUUGGGCACUCGUUCUAUCGUUCACCCUUCCUGGAUGAUUGUACACCCACCUAAUUAUUAUUUUUUUAAUUAUUUUUUCUUUUGCUCCAUCUUCAAAUAACCAUAACUUCUUUGUUUUAAAUCCGAUAUAGUUCAUUCUUGAGCCUAAAUUUAUUGUUUUUGAUCUGGCUAUCCAAUAGAAAGAGGCGAAGUAAAUUAUUAAUAUUAAAAUAUGUGUGAAGUUGAUUAA